UCGGUGUUUUUUUACAGCUGGGUAAAAGGGGAAGCGAAGCGACUGGCGAAAACAACAGCAGCAGCAUCUGCGGUGCGGUGCUAUGGACCUCAGGGACAAUGUCGAGACCGGGGAGACGGAAAAACACACCGAGCUGUUCUACGUGCCGAUACCGGAGGAAGAACCGUGCAAGAGGGAGCAGGAGAAGCUGUCAGGGGUCGUGAAAAACGUCCACAGAAAACUGCGCAGGAAAUACAGAGAGGUGGGCGACUUUGACAAGAUCUGGCGCGAGCACUGUAAAGAUGAGCAGACGCUGAGUGAGUACGCCCUCGCCAUGAAGAAUCUCGCCGACAACCACUGGACCAAAAAGUGUGAAGGAGAGGGACGCAUCGAAUGGUGUCGCAGUGUCUGUCAAGAAUACUUUUUGCAAGGCGGGAUGAAAAGAAUGUUAGAAAAGGAUGAGAAGAGCGCCAUGCUCGCCAUGGGUCUGUCUGCAGGAGCACAGCCGCACAGCAGCAUGCCCCGCUCUAUGUCUCCGCUGGGGAAAAUGCGCCUGCUUGACGUCGGAAGCUGCUUCAACCCUUUCCUGAAGUUUGAUGAAUUCCUCACAGUCGGGAUUGACAUAGUGCCUGCAGUUGAGAGUGUGUACAAGUGCGACUUCCUCAACCUCCAGCUCCAGCAGCCCCUCCAGCUGGCGAGCGACGCGGUGGAGGCCUUCCUCCGCCAGCUCCACAACCCCAUCGACACGCUGCCCGCCCAGCUGUUCCACGUGGUGGUCUUCUCCCUGCUCCUGUCCUACUUCCCCUCCCCUUACCAGCGCUGGCUCUGCUGCAAGAAAGCCCACGAGCUGCUGGAGCUGCACGGCCUGCUGCUCAUCAUCACGCCCGACUCCUCCCACCAGAACCGCCACGCCCUCAUGAUGCGGAGCUGGCGCGUGGCGGUGGAGUCGCUGGGCUUCAAGCGCUACAAAUACAUCAAGUAUUCCCACAUGCAUCUCAUCGCCUUCCGUAAGGUGUGUGUGGCCACCACCAGCGAUUUGGUGUCACGCAACUACCCGGAGAUGCUCUACAUCCCUCAGGACUUCCACUCCAACGAGGAGGAGGAGGAGUGUGCCGACGUGCCGGUGCAGGCGCGCUCCGAGUUUGAGGACGACCAGGUGGCGUGGGGCUUCACGGAGCUCCCCGACACGCCCUAUGACUCGGAUUCUGGGGAGAGUCAGAGCGGCUCGCUGCCUGGCUUCCAUGAGCUAGAAGACCCCAUCCUGCUUCAGAGCUAGGCUGGCUAAAACCAGCUACCCUGCCUCCUUUCCUCUUCUGUCACCUCCCCUUCAACUGCUGCGCUGCCAAAAUGUUAACCUGCUGCAAUCUCCUCCCACGUCCCCCUCCCUCUCCUAAAGACAAUGCAGUUUGCACAGUGUAAAAGAGAGAAGUUUACAGAUUAUUUUAUCAUAUCCACACUCGUCUGAGAGUACACACACAUACACGCACAUGGAAACGAAUACAAACACACACACUAAGAUGGAUAUAUUUUAAUAAAAAUCUAGGUUUUUUUAAAGAGUUGGACAGUGAAUGCCCUAGAGAUGUCUCAGCUCCCUGCUCCUUGAUUUACAAACCAUCUUUCAAUCAGCUUUCAAUAACAAAUACUCUGUCUCUAUUUGAAUAAGCUAGUGUGGUAGGCUGCUCAGUGCAGAGGAAUAAAAGUGACCCCAGCAGUCUGACAGGAGUUUGGUUGCACUGGAGAGAUUUAAUGACUGGACUGGUACGCUUGCUUCUGUCACAGUCAUGCAGUUAGACUUUCUGAAAAAUUCUUGAUGUUCAUUUAGUUUUCCAAGAAAAAAAAAAAAUGUUAAACGUUUUAAAACAUAUCUCUAUAUUCUUAACAAUCAAAAACAUUGGUGUUGUCCGGCGUAAAGUGUGACAAUGCAAUUUGAACUUGGCAUCCUCUAAAUGACUUGUGUAUCUUUUACAAGAAAGUGGUAUUCGUAGCAUUUUAAACAUUUCUCAGAACCAUAUGGUAGAGUAUUACUAGGUUUACUAAUGUGAAACUGUAACUGUGUUUACUCCUUGCGUAACAAGGUACGAUUGUUUCGAAGUAGGUAUUAGACUUGUAUUGUUCCUCUUCUCGAUGUCCUCUCAAAUAUUAGAUAUUAUCAUCCUGUUAGAUUUCCGUUACAACUUUGUUCUCCAGCAGAGAAAUAGUACUGCAAGUCAAAUGGACUUUAAAGCACCAGUAUCCUUUGACACCGUUUUGAAACUUUGAUGUAAAUACUCUGCCUCCAAAAAGAUCCAGAUCUGAGUUCCUCACAGACAAUUCUCCUUGACAGAAGAGAUUUGCACUAAUUUUCUGUUUUAACAUACAGAACCAGGUGAUGAACUGUAGUAGUUCGCAAUAGCAAGCAAAAUCUGAAGAUGCUGUGUCCGACAGACGGGGGGAGAUUUUAGCUAAAGACACUACCUGAUAUAAUGUUAGUGUGUGUUCCCGCCUGUCUCUGGAUGGGUGAGAUGUGUGGCUGUGGUUGGGUGUGUCAGUGUGAAUGAAGGGUAUGAGUCCAAGUGGAUGUGUUAUUGUCUGGCACUUUAUCAUUGAUCCCAAAGGGUGUCACAAAAUGUAGUUAUUGUUCCUUUGAUGACAACAAGAUGGGCCCAAAAAUAAUAAUACCAGUAAGUCGAAGGUGCCUUCUUUGUUCCCAUUUACUGUUUGUUGCGAGCAGACUUUUGUGCCACUCGAGAAAAUGAAAAUCAUACCUUUUUUAAAACAAAUACAUAUCCAGCUUCUUUGGCCAAACAGAACAUGCAAACUAUCCGAUUCUCCUUUGUCAUAUUCAUGGAUAGCAAGAAUUUAGUUCAGUGUUGAUGUAAUGCAGUGUCUUGUUCCCAUUUGCAUAUCGUUUUCCAGUUAAUCCACAUCUCUCUGCUGAUAUGUUCUUUGUUUUAACAGGAAAUAAUAACGGUUCACAUUACCACACACAUUCAGACUUUGAAGUUUUGUGAUCAAUUGGUGCAUUUGUCUUCCAAUUUUUCUGUUGGUCCAUUUGCAUGAUUUGUUUCAUCUUCAUUAUCAACAAUGCCGAACAAUGUGUGCUUAUAGUAUGGUUGUAUUUCUCUUUUAUAAAUGAAUGUAAAUGUC